GCUUUGGCAGCCUAUAUAAACCCAAUGCUGGUGUGGUGAAGCCAGGAGUCAAAAGAAGCAACAACUGCAGAAGUAGAGGGUGUUCUAACACAAAGCGGAACUUCUCCCGAUUACAAGGUUGGCAACAGAAUAACAGACAUCAGCCAAAAAAUGGUUGAAGAACUAAAGGAGUCUGUGAAAGAAGAGCAGGCUGAGAAAAAGGAGGAGGCAGCCAAGGAGAAGCCAGAUGAACCACAAGAGAUCGUACUGAAAGUCGACAUGCACUGCGAAGGAUGUGCAAAGAAGGUCGAGAAAUCCCUCUUGAGAUUUGAAGGAGUCGAAAACGUCAAGGCUGACAGUCGAUCGAAGACGGUUGUGGUGAAAAGCAGGGCCGCAGAUCCCUCAAAGGUCUGCGAGAGGGUUCAGAGGAAGACAAAGAGAAGAGUUGAGCUGAUUUUCCCUCUUCCUCCACCUCCAGAAGAGGAGAAGAAAGAGGAGGCUCCAGCACCACCUCCAGAAGAAAAGAAAGAGGAGCCACCGAAGACAAUAACUGUCAUCUUGAAGGUCCAGAUGCACUGCGACGCUUGUGCGCAGAUUCUGCAAAAGCGUAUAAGCAGGACAGAAGGUGUAGAAUCGGUCGAGACUGAUCUCCUCAACGGCCUAGUGGUCGUCAAAGGGGUGAUGGAUCCGGCUGUGCUCAUCGAAAGCAUCCAGCGGAAGACGCGGAGGCCGGCAGUCAUCGUCGAAGAGGUGAAGCCGCGGGAGGAGGAGAAGAAGGCAGAGGAGGAAGAGAAGAAGCCAGAUGAGGAUAAGGCCGACGGCAUCGAAGAGAUCAAGAAGUAUGACUUCUGGCCGCCCGUCCAGUACUAUGUCGAGUACGUCUACCCAUACCCGCUACCGCCGCCACCGACGGCACUGGUGUCCGAGGAGUUCAGUGACGAGAACCCGAACGCUUGCACCGUCGCGUGAUACCAUCUGAAGCUGUUCUUUUGCUUAGACGGUGGUUUCUAUGCUAGAAAUGCAUGCUGAUAUGGUAAUAAAAUGAGUGGUUUUGAGAACUUGUACAAGAUUGUGUUAUUAAGUAUCAUGAAAAGUGAGCUCGCAUUGCUCAAUUGACUAGCUCUCCUAUGGUACAACCUAUUUACCCGGGUUUAGAUUUGA